AAAGAAAAACCGUUGAAUGAGUAGGUGUGUCCAAACUUUGACUGGUACUGUACAUGAUGCUCUUCUGUGUUCAACCCGACUCUAACAACCCCAAAUAUCUUACAAAUAUUUUAUUUUCUCCUGACUUCAUAAAAAUAUGAAGAAAAAAACAGAUUUAGUUUGAAACCUCCUACUUCCAUUAAUCUGUGCUUCUUAAAAUUGAUUUGUAUUCCUUUAAGAAUGUCACUCAACUACUACAUCAGAACAAUAUUGUUCUACUGUACUUUUUAAUAGGUAUUGUAUUUGCCAAUGGAGAUUCAUGGAAAGAGAUGAGACGCUUUGCCCUGACAAAUCUUAGGGACUUUGGUAUGGGCAAGAAAGCGAGCGAAGAGAAGAUCAUUGAGGAAGUUCACUAUUUGAUUGAAGUGUUUGAAGAACACAAGGGUAAAGCAUUUGACACAACCCAGGCAAUGAAUUACGCUGUCUCCAACAUCAUCUGCAGCAUUGUGUACGGCAGCAGGUUUGACUACUCUGAUCCACGGUUCCGACGCUCGGUGGAUCAAGCCAAUGAGUCCAUCCGACUCGGAGGAUCUAUUUCAAUACAGUUGUACAACAUGUUCCCAUGGUUGGGGCCCUUGCUGAAGAACAAGACACUUAUCUUGAAAAAUAUUGCAGACAACAAGGGGGAGAUGAAGGAGCUGGUGAGGGGGCUGAAGGAGACUCUCAACCCGCAGAUGUGUAGAGGCUUUGUGGACUCGUUCCUUGUCCGAAAACAGACCCUGGAGGAAUCAGGCAACAUGAACUCUCAUUACCACACUGAGAAUCUCAUACAGACUGUGGCCAACCUGUUUGCUGCUGGUACCGACACCACGGGGACAACCCUGCGCUGGGGUCUGCUGCUCAUGGCCAAGUACCCCGAUAUACAGGACCGGGUCCAAGAGGAGAUAAGCAGAGUCAUAGGAAGUCGUCAGGCCUUGGUAGAGGACAGGAAGAACCUGCCCUACACUGAUGCAGUGAUCCAUGAGACCCAAAGACUGGCCAACAUUGUACCCAUGUCCAUCCCUCACACCACCAGCCAAGACGUCACCUUCCAGGGAUACUUCAUCAAAAAGGGGACUGAUGGUGUGUCUAGGAGAGAGUCUGGCCAGGAUGGAGCUCUUCCUUUUUUAUUGUCCUCAUGCUGUCUUCCUCAUCUUCCUCUUCCAGGUCGUAGGGUGUGUCUAGGAGAGAGUCUGGCCAGGAUGGAGCUCUUCCUUUUCUUCACCUCCCUCCUGCAGCACUUUUGUUUCUCUCCUCCUCCCGGGGUAAGAGAGGAGGAUCUGGACCUCACACCAUCCCUGGGGUUCACCCUCAGUCCUUCACCUCACCAGUUGUGUGCUGUGAGCAGGGUCUGAGAUGAAAGUCUGGGUCCAAUGUAUAUUACACACUAAACUCUCAACUUUAGACAAACAUACUGCAGGAAUAUGCUGAAAAACUAUUUUGUCACUGCCCAUGGACAUGAAUGAUAUGAAUAUAUACCUGGCUACAGGGAUUUGAGGUUUAAAGUUGAUUGGACCAAAAUGAACUGAAGCAGCUUUUGUAAACCAUUCAGAGGGGUUUUGCAGUCCUAGAUGCUGACACCUUUAUGAUGUCUGGGGGCAUUCGUUUAAAACCACAAUGUUGAUCUAGAGACAUACACUCAAACAACCGUUUAGGGAUACCCUAGGUGGGGUCCUCAGUAAAAUGUCAAUGUCCGCAGGAAGUGUACGUUAUGAUUGAGAGACCAAACUUGGACGUUAGGAUUCUUAGACUGCAAGUGCCCUUAUCCCCACUGAGGUCCAUAGAAGUCAUAUCCUUACCCACCACUCCAGGGAAAAUAUUCUUGGUUUGGAAUUCAAGAAUUCAAGAAUACAGUCCUAAGAACAGUCACAUUUGUAAAAUUGUCAUCUAAAUGAAUAAAAAGUGUAAACUCUAAUCUGGUGCCCUCUAUACUGCUAGUUGUACAGUCAACACUUGGCACUUUUUUACAGGACAACUGUAUGACCUAUAGCUCCGUUUUUUUCCACAGGUUCUCCUAUGCAAAUGUUUAAUAUUAUUUUACUUUUGUGCUGUCAUUAAUUUAUUGAACGACAAUACUAAGUGCUAGUAAAGGAAAGGUAGACACAUUGGCACUUUUUGAAAGCUUGUCUAAAGAUAUGAAUAUAGGUAACUAUGUAGAUGUAUAUGCAGAUGAUUGUUUAUGUAUCAGUAGUGUCACUUGUCACUUCAAUCAGGGACGGUCUGGGGUGGGGUGGCUGAAACAGUGUCAAUCACAUCCAAACAUGAGGAAACCAGGUGUUUGGUGUCGUUCCAGUUGUCCCAUUCCGGUCAUCACUAUGAGCCAUCCUACACAUCAUCAUUCUCACGUGAGAUAUAUGUUAACCAGUUUAAAUACUUACACACCCGUGCCCCCAUCCUUCACUUUCCCCUUAUUCAAGGAUAACUGUAUUAUAAUAUAUAAAUAUAUAUAUGUAAUAGCUGUAUGUUUUUUAAAGUACCUAAUCCAUUGCUGAGAAAAGAAAUGCAAUACAAAUAUCAAUUAAAUAAAUACAUGACAAUCUU